AUGUCGGGAGAUUCCACUCUAGGACAAGGAUCCUUUCAUCGACCACCAUCAAUCAUGUCAGCUAUGGCGUUAAGAGACAUAACAAAUAUUAGUGGAGAAUCUAGCUUGGCUGACACAAGUUGCAAACCGAAAUUCGGUAUGGAAUUUGACUCUGAAGAAGCUGCUUAUAUAUUUUACAAUGAGUAUGCAAGGAAGAUGAGAUUCAGUGUUAGAAAAGAACAGGUGGUGAAAAACAAGAAAACCGGUGAGGUAACAUCAAGAAUAUAUUCUUGUUCUAAGGAGGGUUAUCGACUGAAAGACAAGAGAGAUAAAUUAACUAAGAACCCAAGAGCUGAGACAAGGACUGGUUGUGAAGCACAAAUGGGUAUCAAGUUGAAUAGAUGUAUCAACAAGUUUGUUGUUUAUGAUUUUCGAGAAGCGCACAACCAUGCUCUUGUGAGCAAAAAGUGUGCUUAUAUGCUGCGUUCUCAACGAGGUGUCUCCAACGAGGUGUCUCCACACCCCAGGAAGCAACAGUUAGAGAAUCCAUCGUUCUUCCAUGCCAUACAGUUGGACAGUGAGGAACAAAUAACUAAUGUUUUUUGGGCAGAUGCUAAAAUGAUUCUUGACUAUGGCCAGUUUGGAGAUGUAGUUAGUUUUGACACAACCUAUAGAACUAACAAAGAUAAUUGUCCGUUGGGAGUUUUCGUUGGCUUCAAUCAUCAUCGGGAGGUUAUUAUAUUUGGGGCGGCGUUGAUGUAUGAUGAGAUGGCAGAUUCAUUUAUUUGGCUGUUUGAGACAUUCUUAGAUGCCAUGUUUGGAAAGUCUCCGAAAACCAUAUUUACUGAUCAGGAUGCAGCAAUGGCGAAAGCCAUUUCAGUUGUUAUGCCAGAUACCUAUCAUAGGCUUUGCAUAUGGCAUAUAAUGCAAAAUGCCAUGAAAAAAGUGAAUCAUGUGUUUAGGAGCAGAACUAGGGUUCACAAGGUGUUAUCAAAGUUCAUAGACAGCUAUGAAGAAGAAUAUGAGUUUCUAGCUGUUUGGGAUGCGAUGCUCACGGAGUAUAAUGUGUAUGGAGAUGAAUGGUUCAAAAGAAUUUUUGAAGUAAGGAGGAAAUGGGCUUAUGCAUAUGUUAGAGGUCAAUGGUGCGCAAGAUUGCAGACCACCCAGAUUAGUGAAAGUAUCAAUGGUGAUUUGAAAGAUUAUCUCCAAUCAGACCAUAAUUUGGUCGAAUUUUUCAAGCAUUUUGAGAGAGUAGUAAAUGAUAAGCGUUACAAAGAGUUAGAAGCAGAAUAUGCUUUGUGUCAGAAGAUACCUCAAGUUCAGAGACCUAUUAAAAUGUUGAUUGAAGCAGGCAAUGUCUACACAAAGAUUAUAUUUGAGGAAUUUCAAAAUGAGUUUGUGAGCGCUCUUGAUUUUUAUAUAAAAACUACUGUUGAUACUAGAGAAGACAUUGUGUAUACGGUUGGUGAUCUGGACACUUCCAAGGAAUUUCGUGUUAUAAGGAAAAAGAGUGACAAUUAUGUCUCUUGUUGUUGCAAGUUGUUCGAGAUGAAUGGGGUGUUGUGUGGUCAUGCUAUAAAGAUCUUAAGGGAGGUAAUGAAUGUAAAGGUAAUUCCCAGUGAGUAUAUUUUGAAUAGGUGGACAAGAAAAGCAAGAAGUAAUAGUGUGAAGGAUAUGCAUGGAAGGGACAUACAAGUAGAUACUAAGUUGCAACAGACCACUUGGUAUAGGUCUUUAUGCUCUAUUUUUACAAAAAUAUCUUCAUGGGGUGCUGAGAGCAAGGAAACUUAUGAAGUUGCAUUUGAACAUGCAAAUAAGUUAAGAACCACUAUCGAAGAGAUGUUGAGCUCAAAACGAGAUGGUACCAGCCAUGAAAAGGAUGAUCAAGGAUCUGCUCCAAUUACAAAAGAUACUUGUGUCCAAGCAAAGGGUUUCAAGAAGAGAGGAGGUUCUCGGGGAAGAAAAAGACAGACUAGCCAAUUGGAGAGAGCUUACAUGAGGAAAUUAGCUCAAAUGAGACAACUUUUGGGUAAAAAAGGCUGCAGUGAUGUUGAUGUCCAAGAAAAUGGUUCAAAAACAGGGAGGCAAGCUUCUGGUGGAAGAAAGAAUUCUGAAACUACUUCACGGCCUGCUCAAUCAUCAAAAGAAGUAAUAGCAAACAUCUCUACUGAUAAUGUUGCUGAUGUACAAGCAAACGGUUCAAAAAGAAGGAGGCAAGCCUCUAGAGGAAGAAAGAGUACUAAAACUACUUCACAGACUUCUCCAUCAUCAAAAGAUGUAGGUAAAGUUGAUAAUCUGAUACAACAAGCAUCCCAACAACAACCUACUGGCCACUUAGAAUCUGAACAUGUUCAAGCCUUGAAUAAGACCGUUGGUGUGUGA